UGUCGCCUUACAUGAAAGCCAAACGAGAAACAAGGGCACUGAUAGAAUCAACUCGCGACACCAAGUGGUACCUGCCAGACGGUGAUGUUGUGCUCUGUGCCUCAGAUGCGCAGCCCAGGGUUCGCAUCUUCCGCGUUCACCAACUCAUUCUUGCCCAACACUCCGCUAUUUUUGCGAGCCUGUUUACUCUGCCCGCAAAUAGCUCGACGAACGAAAGCUAUGAUGGAGCACCCUUGGUCGAGAUGCAAGACGACGCAGACGAACUGGGGGAGUUGGUCGGUGCAUUAUAUGAUCCCGAAUUGCCUUCCAUGCGCUUUCUGGACCCGCGAAACCCGGAGCGAGUGCGUGGUGUCAUGAAGCUCGCCAGGAAAUACGAGGUUGACUCCGUCUGCGCACGAAUCAUUCGGCGGCUGGAAGCGGACUGGCCUCAGGAUGCUGUAGAGUGGCUCCGCGUUUCCGCCGACAUCAAUAAGCGCGUCGAGCUCAGCGGGAUGUUCUCCGGCUCGGCACCAGGCGCGGAGGACAGCGAAGCCCUCAUUCCCGAACCAGCAUCCGCCAUCUGCUUCGCCCGGGAGUUCGACGUCCCGUCUAUCCUGCCGGCGGCGUUCUACAUGCUGGCCUUGACUGAUGUGCAGCGGGACUGGGACAACGUCGAGCACCGACCAUCUGGCGCUGCGCGUUGGUCGCUACUGGACCAGCAAGACAUGCUACGACUCUUCCGCGGCAAAGCCAGUCUACGCGAUGCAAUCAGCAACAUGAUAAGCGCGCCAUUCCCAGGGGAAUCGUACUGCGCCGUCUGCGUUGAUUGUCGGCUUCCUUACGACUUCAGCGAGAAGUGGUCCAACUAUCUGUCGUCCAGUGGGUUUGCUGGUGGGGCAGCGUUGACGGAUAGACCGGACAUCAUUGGGAUUCUGUUUUCUUUUCUUGAACUCCUUAACAAACCAAAUUCGGAGUUCAGCGGCAUGUGCUCGCGACAUAAGGGUCUGUAUAAGCCUUUCUUCUCUAGCAAGAUACGAUAUGAGUGGACUCGUCUCGCAGAGAUGUUCCAGUUGUAGACUGGUAGCGUUCAGUUCAUCAUGAUAUCUGAGGCUAAAGUAAAUUCGCUUGGCUCAAUCUCG